CUCUCGCCGUUUCUCAUUCACGGCUCUUCCCAAAUUAUCCUCCCCUUUUGGUGCUGCUACCCUCUUUUUACCCUAGGGGAUUUUAGUGUUUCCUAUAUGGCCUCAGCAGAUAUUGAGUUCCGGUGCUUCGUCGGAGGGCUCGCCUGGGCCACCGACGAUAGGGCUCUCGAACAAGCUUUCAGUCAGUACGGCGAGAUCGUCGAAUCGAAGAUCAUUAACGAUCGUGAGACUGGAAGAUCCAGAGGCUUCGGGUUCGUAACUUUCCGUGACGAGAAAGCUAUGAGAGAUGCUAUUGAAGGAAUGAACGGUCAGAAUCUCGACGGAAGGAAUAUCACCGUCAACGAAGCUCAAUCUCGCCGAAGCGGUGGUGGCGGUGGCGGUUUUGGUGGAAACGGCGGUUACAGCCGCGGUGGUGGCGGCGGUGGAUAUGGAGGUCGCCGUGAGGGAGGUUACGGAGGUGGUCGCCGUGAGGGUGGAUAUGGAAAUGGUGGAGGAUAUGGCGGUGGUGGAUACGGAGGUGGACGCCGUGAGGGUGGAUAUGGUGAUGGUGGAUCGCGCUACCCUAGAGGUGGAGGCGCUUCUGAGGGCAACUGGAGGUCUUAGAAUUAGGGUAUGAGUGGGCUUGGGCCGUAUGUGUUGUGGUUGGGUUUAUUGGGUUGUUUAGUUUGUGUUUGGUUUUGAUGAUGUUGUUAUGGUUCUUCUAUGGUUCUCUGUUACUGUUUGGGUUUUGGGUUCCCUCUUUUUUGACCGAUGGUUCUUAUGCUUUUGUGGCCGGUGUCGUUAGGUGUAAACUCUUUAAACUUGAAAAAUGGAAUGAAGUAUAGAUCUUCUUUUCAAA